UAAACAACAUGGCGGGGAGUCGGUGCCCGACGAUUUUUUGAAAACAAAUAGAAGUUUAUUUCUCGAUUAAAUUUGAAGGAAGAAGUAGAAGAAAAGAUGGAUACAAGCAUAAGAACAUUGCUUACCAAAGCACAGGCAUUAAUAGGGCAGGAAAACAAUCAGCAUUUACAACAGGCCUACCAGUUACUAAGAAAUGUUGCUGAAAGCAAGCCAGCUGUUGAUACGCCUGAAUCUUUUGGUUCAGAUUUAUAUGUCAUAUGUGCAGAGACUGCCUUCCAGAAUGGAAUGCCAGAUAUGGCCAGGGAAUGCCUUAAGAUGUACUUCAUGAAACCCCCACCGGCCAACCAGUUCUUCUGUAGAGCUUACUUAUGCCAGGCUCAGCUCCUAGCUCCCAAAGAGGCCAACAAUCCAGAACAACUGGAAAAGGCAGUAGUGUACCUUGUAAAAGCAAUAUCAUUUGCCAAGAAGAACCCAAGAUAUCAUUUCCUAGUGUACAAUGCCUCUGUGAUAUACUGGCAGUUCUGUCGACCUUUUCUGAAGCCUAACUAUCGUCAGUAUCUAGCGCGCAGUCUGCACCAAGUGGUAAAGGCACUGGAUGAUAUCGAUGACAAAGAUUUUGAAUGGAGGGCACAGCUAAUGAUUGCCCUGAUGGAGUGCCAUUUAGAUGCUGGGAGAAAAACUGAUGCCUCUAGUGUGGCAGGAGCUGCAGCCACAUUUAUUAAACAAAACGUACCUCAUCUCUAUAAACAAGUGUUUGGUCUCAUUGUAAGAAAUCAACUGCUGGACUCAUCAAAACUUCAUAAAGAUGUCAAAAAUUCUCCUGAAUUGUCUGUCUAUUACAAAAUUCUAAAACUCAAAGUAUCUUGUGACCUUAAUGAACCCCGUGAGUUCUACAGUGAGAUUCAAUCCAUUUUGAAUCAGAUGGGUGUCGCUCAUACCAGUAUUGUUCAGGUAGAAACGCCCACUGGGAAAGGUUCAAAGUCCAAAUCCAUCAGGACUCAUUCCCCUGCAGGUCCCACUAAAAUGGAAGAAUUAGAGAAAGACAGUUCAGAGUUAAGUCAACAAACAUUAAGUGAUCGAGAAAAUUCAGAAGAGUCUGAUGUGAAAAGCCCCACCAAAGGAGCAGGGCGGAGAACCCCCACCCCCACCACUACCAAGAGACUGGCCACUGACAGUGCAGAUAAACCAUACCUUCUUGUGGAGUUGGCCAGGUUUUGUGUUGAGUUAGAUUUCCCAGACUUGGCUCAAAACUGUGUGGAUCAUAUGAAAACCUGUGUUGUUAAGGACCCUAGUUUUUACCUGGAGUUGGAGUUUCUACAGUGUGAGCUGAUGGUGAGAAGUCUUGGAGACAAACAGGAGACCUUCAAUAAAUCUGUGGUGGAUUUGAGAAUACAGGCCAUCAAGAGGUGUGAGGAGACAAUCAUGAAUGCCAUCAGACAGGGGGACCCCAAUGUGAUACAGGCGGGCUGUGUGACCCAGUGGAACCUCAUCCUUCCCCUCCUACAACCAAACCUCCGUAAACAUGUCAGGAAACCCCUAACCCUGCUAGCAGAGGCCCUAGAGGAUAUACAGAGUUUGUUAAUCAGCCUGAGAUGUCAAAUUCACACAGAACUAUCCAAAUGUGAGGAAGACCAGGAACAGAUUCAGGUUGCCAUGGAGCACCUCAGAAAGGCCUUGUCUCUGGAUGAUGGUGGUCUCUAUAAAGAGAGACUGGAGGUCGCUCUGCACAGACUUGAUCUACGAUCUCAACUUUACAAGCAGCCAGAGAGAGCAGAAGACAUAGCAGCCAUGAUCAUUGAACAAGCCAGGAAAGCGGACUCAGGAACAAUGAGAAUGAAAAGAUCCCUUUUGGUGAAGGUGGGUGAGGCCUUGGCCCCUGAUGCAUUCCAGUUGGUAUUGGACAGUGAGAGUGACACAAAAGAUGUCACGGGAGGCAAAGCCCCUCAAACAGCAAUACAGAAACUGGCAAACAAGGCUCGACAGUUUAACAAGUGUGUGAGAAAAGCUGAGGGACAUCUAAAGAGACUCGGGGACGAGAACGAUAGGGAAAGAGCGAGACUCUGGGGAGACCUUGCUAAGACGGCACGUAAACAGGAAGUCUGGGAUGUGUGUCGAGUAGCUGCUCGAUUUUGUCUCCUGUAUGAUGAUGGACGAUGGAAGAAUGUUCCACCCCCCAAAAUGGAAAGCCCAAAACCUUCCGAAAAAGCCAAGACUCCAGCACCACCUGUUGAGCAGUCAACCACCACAGCAGGAGGUGAAGUGGCACCCUCUACUGUUGACAUGUCAGAUAGGAAGAGUCGCAUGGUGACCCAGCAGUCCAUGGGAGGCAGUCGACCUACAAGUCCAGAAAGGACUGUACCACUGUAUGACAAAGAUCUCAUCAGAAUGCUUGCAGAGGUCGCUUUCAUUCAGGGGGAGGCUACUGUCCAUUUGUUGAGGACAGAAGGUGUUCAGCUGAAUGAUAUGCCUAUCCCACCAGUGGAUAAGAGCAAACGACCCAAAGGUUAUGUCGCCAAAAAACCAGAGGAAGAUCCAGACUGGAUUGAAUAUUGUGAUUGGAUAAAGUCUCUGUCAGCUGAUGCCACUCAGAGUUUUCUGAGAGGUCUGGAGUUGGGGGUGGAGCUAGAGGAACCCUGGCUGGUGUGCAGUGCUGCAGCUUAUAUAUGGAACUAUAACAAUCAUGUUCUGACACAGAGGAGACACAGAGAGGUCAUGGACACUUUGACAAAGGUCGUAGAGGGCAUUAAAAAAGUGGGGCAUGAUGGGGAAACCAUGAUGUUGGUAAACAUUUGUGGGGCUCUGGCCUUUGCUUUGAUGUGUCCCUGGAUACCAGAUGAACCAGUCAAAGAAAUGCAAGAGCCCUCCUCUCCAUCCCCCACAGCAGCCCCAUCCCCAGGGGGAGGAAAAAAGGGAGGUAAAGGAGCCCCUCCUGCUGCUGCCUCCCCAGCCAAGGGAAAAGCCCCCAUUCCUAGCAACCAGGUCACCAUCAGUCCUGAUGCCAUGCCUGAUCUCAAGAAAGCCAUUGAAGUAUGUGAGUACGCCAUAGAAGUAACUAAUGGAAGUAAAGAGGCUAAUGUUGUUCCUAUUGGAGUGAGACAGCCAUUACUACAGACCUGGGUCCUGGCCAAACAGAUGGCUCAGCAACAGAUCCCCAAGACACUGGGAGCAGAUGACGAGCCAUACUCAGAGGGUCAGAGGCAGAUGACCAGAGCUAUUGUAGCAGUGGAAUUGAUACAUGUGUCCAGGAAUGGAAUCAUGGAAUUCAAGGAGGCACCUAAUGUCAAUGAGAUUGCUAACAUGAUCGAGGAGUGUAAGUGGUCAGAUAAAUUUGUGGAGCUCCAGCUGUGGACCCGCCUAGCCUCCCUGUCCUAUCAGGUCAAGAACCACCAACUGGUGGUCAGGUGCAGCAAGAAGGCGCUUAGGUUUGCCACAAUCGGCACUCAACCAAAGAACAGGAAAAUGGAUGCUCACCGCUAUGCUGUAGAACAGGAGAUGUUAUCCUACGCCAGUGGUGUUCUGGGUCAGAGUCUGAUAGACAAUAUGUCUGGUAAGAACGCCAUUAGACGGGAGGCUCUGGAAGCAUUCCUCAACAGUGCAAGAUUUGCAAGAAAUGCAGAAAAUUACGAUUUAGUGAUGACAGCUGUCCGUCACUACUGGAAUGCCUGCCUCCCUCUCGUCAGCCAACCAAUAGAAAGAGAACUUCUUAGAGAGCCAAUCAAAGUCAUGCUGCAAUGUAUUACCGCCACUGCAGAAAAAGUUAAAAAGACUGAGGAGAAGACAGAAGAGGAUGAGGAAGAGGGAGGAGAAGAUGAUCAAGGUGUGGAGACAGCCCCCGAGAAACCAAAAAGUUCCACGAUUGGCAGUCCAGAGGAUGAUCUGACACUGAGGGCCUCCAUGUAUGGAGUCCUUUUCCAGUCUUAUGCUGACAAACAACAAUGGGAGGAGGGCCUUCAAGCUAUGGACCAGGCCAUUAAUGAUAUGCCACGGACCAAGCACAGACUACUGAUAUUUAAGCACAGGGUUAUGACCAAAGCAAAGCUAGGACGAAGAGUUAACAUGGAUAUUCAGAAAUUCAAGGAUGAGAGUGAGGAUUAUGUAGCUCACAUGUGGAGAAGGGUUGCCCUGAGCUCAAAAGAAACACUUGAACAGCUUAUCUCCUACCAGGCAGCCAUUGAGGCCCUGAAUAGUCCAAGCAAUGAGUGGCUUAAGGUGGACUACCUGCUGGAGUUUGGACAAUGGCUGUAUUCCAAUGAGUUCCCCCUCCAGGACGCUAUUGACCAGUUGGAAUGGGCAGUGGACAUCAUGUUAAACAUGAAGACAGAAACUGAUCUCAAAAAGGAGGCAGAAGCAGCAAAAAAAGGCUCUGCUGCUGGGAGACGUGGCAAAGGAGCAGCAAAAGGAAAGGCAGACAAGAAAAGACCAGGAAAGGGGUCUGCCAAGGCUAAGCCAGCCCAAAUGCCUACCCUGAGUAAAACCCCCAUCCCUGGGGACAAAUCAUCUGAUGCUGCCUCUGACAGUAAGAGUGUGACCAGUGAAGCUGACAGUGAUCUGAUGGCUGAAGGCAUCAUCCCUAUUGCUAAACAGGCAGUCAUUGGUGUGCUGCCCAACAACCCUUCUCUGACCAUUAAUGACUUGGAUGAUGUUCGACAGAUUGAUGGCCUGUUUAGGGCCCAUGUCCUGCUGGCCGAAUUAGCUGGACGCUCAUCUCAAGACUACAAGGAUUAUCUCCUCAUGGCCCAUGCCUAUCUCGUUAGACUUUGGCAGAUCACAGUUCCAAUAUCUGGACCAGUGAUGAAGGAAAUUGCCAAAAAUCCCCCAGCUGCAGCUGAAGAUAAAAAUGCUGUGUCCGCCAAGGGGAAAGGCAAGGGUGGGAAGGAUGAGAAAAAGGAGCCCGUCAAAGAAAAGCCCAAGAGGAAGGGCCCACUGGACACACUGCCCAGCACUGUGGAGGAAUGGGCACAGUAUGACAUUCCUGAUGAGAUUAUUGAAGCAUUCCAUCAUGAAAUGAUGAAGGUGACAGGCAUUAACUCCCAUACUAUUCAGAAGCCGAUGCUGACUUUGUACUACCUGGACACUCUGGUGAACUGUUUGAGGGAUAUUGGCUACAAUCACUUGACAUUACCAGUCCUGGCCUUUGAAGAUUUGAUGUCCAGAGAUUUACUGAAGUGUGAGCCCCUCCAUGUUCUAGUUCAUGCAAAGGCUGCUGAAGUGUGUUUGGAGUUGAACUUGAAGAAUGGAUACAACUUCCAUGAGAAAACAGCAGGUCCUGUUGUACUGAAUGAGGAACAUCAGGCACUGUCGAGAGAUGAAAUAACCUUGUGGAAGGAGAAACAGAUGCAGGUGGAGAGAGAAGAAGCCAGGGUAAAGGAGUCGCUGGCCAAACUAGCCGAGGAGAGCAGGGGGAGUCAGCUGACCAAGAGGGCAACCAACAAAGGAGGGACAUCCCUCCUAGAAAACAAGGAGGAAACAAUCGAGUCCCAUCUUGGUAAAACUCUGGGUAACAUUACAUACAGAGAUGUAUGGACUGACACUGCAGAGCUGCUCAUUAGACAGUGUCACUACCAGAGUGCCAGGGAAUUCCUGAAUGAAGCCAAUAACGCAGCCCUGGCCUUUGAAGACAAUGUUUUACGAGGCAGAAUCUUGUAUCUGUUGGGCCAGUUGUCAUUGGAGGAAGCUCAGUACAAGCAGGCUUUUAAUUUAGCUCUCGAAGCACAGAGAGAAUAUAAUGGUGAUGAGAUGUUCUGGUACAAGACAAGUAUGCUAAUGGUAGAGGCCACUUUGAAAGACUAUGAGAAUCGUAAAGCACAGAGAAUUGCCAGAGGAAUACUUGUUCACAGUAUCAAUGAGUUCCAGAGAAUUGCUGAUGAAAGACCAAACAGAACAAGUGUCAAUAUCUAUAUCCUUGCCAUGUUGGAGGCCAAACUAGCCAGUGUCCAGACACAGGUCAUACUCAGUGGAGACAAGGACAUCAAUGAUCCCAAAGUCAUGAAGAAAAUGCUGGCUGCAUGUGAGAAAUUUGAGUCCUCCACAGAGAAACUGAUAAAGUUAGGCUACAAGAGAGAAGCUUUCCCUGUGAUGAAGGAACAUGCCAUGGUGCUGUGUAACAUGGCAAGACACUCAAUAGAAAAGGAGAUAAUACAUACCUACUAUCUACAGUCCAUGAUGGUGCUGAAGGAGGGGGUUAAUCUGGCUGAGGAGACUUUCUGGGAUACACUAACCCUCACUUCACUGCAAGAGGUGCGUAACGUAAGCUUGCCCACCCAGAGGGAACUAGCAGACAUGUACAUUGUGUGUGGAGAGGUCAUGCUUGAGUUGUUCAGAGUUCAUGCAAAGGAGACUCGAUCUCAACAACUUGAAGAUCUCAGGAAAGGAUCAGUGGUCAAGAUGGUGGAGGACUUUAUCAGUACAACCCCACAGUUUUAUUCUCACAUGGAAAAAGAAUGGCUGGAUGCCACAAAGGUAAUUGCUGAGGAUGCCCUGCUGAAGUUUGUCUCUGCCCACAACAUGUCUGGACAUAUUCUUAAGCUGAGGGCCAGGGCUUUGUGUGGAGUAGGAAAAACUCUACAUGCCUUUGCCUUAUAUGCUAGUCCUGAUCCACCAACUCAAUGGGUGGUACAUGAAAUGGAGCUGAGCAGGAUAGAGCAUCCAGAGGACCAGGCAUCAGAACGCAGUGAGGACCAGGAGUCUAAUCAGUUCCUGCGCUACACCAAACAGAUCAAGAAAAUCAAGAAACAUGAUGAUAUAUGCCACCACUAUCUGGCCCAGGCUUCGGAAUGUCUUGUACAAGGACUUAAUGUGGCUCUGCAGAACCACUUCUCUGACAUUGCUGGCAGUAUCUCUUUGGAGCUGGUAGAAUGCUGUGGACAAUAUGACCCCCAGUCUGCCAGUCUCUUCCUAGCAUUACAUCAGAGCUGUUCUGCAUCAAUGGAGUUGGAAAAACUGCUAAAACGUGCACAGAUGGAUCCUUGUACUUCACGCUUGGCUGCACUGCUGCAUCAGAGGAAAGCUAUGUUAGACAAAGAAGUCAGUCUGAAUCUGUCAGUGAGUGAGAUGAUGAAAACGGUCACUCAAUCAUUGGAGCAGAACUGGCAGGCCUGGAAGAAUCUAGAAGUACAAACCAAUCAUUUGGAACUUCUCAAGGAUUUCCCACCUCACUUCAAUUUUAUUAUUCUCCAGCAUUCUCCAGACAAGUCAUUCUUGUAUGGUGCUAUUUUAGACAAACCCAAAAACACUGCCUUAGCUGGGGGAGGAGGCAAAAACCCCAAACAACAAGCACCACCAGCACAUAGUAGAGCUAAGGUGUUUGGAGCAGAAACAAGUCCCCAGCUUCUGAACGAACUGCUGAAUAAGUUUGAGGACCACCAUCAGAGUGUCCAAACGUUCCUUCUGAAGCAGGAGUAUCAACGCUCUCAGGCCAUGAUGAGGCAGAAAAUGCUGGAAAAUCUAGACGAAAGUCUGAAGAAACAAACACACCAUCAGCAUGAUGAGAAAGAUCAUGAGGAAGAGGCUAGACUUCAGGAAGAAUUCAGAAAUCUCCUCAAGGACAUGGAGGCUUAUCUUAAACCCCUCACCUCCCAGUUAGUGGGGCUUCUGACGCCCCAUGUGGUAACUCCCACCAGCACUAAUAAAGACAACAAGGGGCAGUCCGAAGCCCCUCCCCACGAAUAUGUUAUUCUGUUAGUGGACUCCAUGUUAAUGCACAUGCCACUGGAGGCCUUGGAGUUCCUACAGGUGGAGAAUGUCACAGCCCUGUGUAGAGACUUCUCUCUGUCUCUAUUUCAUCAUAGGUUCUACAAGGAUGAAGCAACAGAUUCUCAGUUACAAGGAUCUCGUAAACAUAAACCAACUGAACGUAAAACGCCAACUAACGCCUCUCGUACUGGAAAAAUUGUGGAGUCAGAACAACAAAAUGAGGAGAAGAAGAAACAGAAGGCUAAGAACCAGGACAAUCCCUUGUCUAGAAUACCCGGACUCAGGGACGCCAGUAAAAAACAGGCUAAGAUUAUUCCAUUACACAGAGAUUUACAACCUUGGCAUCACACUGUGGAUACCAUGAACUUCAGAUACAUUGUGGAUUCCCAUCUGGAUUGUGCAGAAACAGAGGUUAAUAAACCAAUUGAAAUAUUCAACAAGCUUAUGGAGGAAUAUGAACAACAGUUUACUCCAAGAUGGCUGGGUGUGCCAGGAGAUGAUCAUACACCAAGUGUUGGUGAGUGGGAGAUUUACCUCACAGACAACAGUUCCUUUAUCUUCUAUGGAAUGGAGAAGUUUAUCAACUACAUUCCACCUGCCAAACUCUCAGCCUUAAACAUUCCAGAUUGCUCUAUAAUAUAUUCACUGGAUAUGGCUGAAACAAGCAAGAGUUUCACAAGGCAAUCUAAACUGGAUGUCAGAAAGAGUGAGAAUAUUCUUUCGUUGGAGAAGCCAGUUGAGACAGCCAUGUUAAUUAGUCUUACUGGAGUAAAAUGUCUAAUGUCCAAUCAAUGGCACUGUACCCUGGCAGAAAAUGCUGACAGACUUAAAGUGUCCAUGAAAGAUUUAUUGGAGGGAGGUAAAACCACUGGGGAAACAGUCCGUUUGCUUUUUGCACCUCAUCAGAGAGAACAACCAAAAACUGAGACCGAAGAAAAACCACCAACACCAGAGACUGCGAAAGAGGACGGGGAAAACCAAGGGGAGGUCACUCCAGCAGAGAAGGAGCCUGAAGUAGAACAGGAGCCUCAACCAGAUAGAUCCUGGUACAACAUGGUGUGUUACGGCCUGCCUAAUCUUAUGGUGGCACAGAUUUAGACAGGAUUGUAUAACCAUUCUUCAGUGUGACCAAUAAGAUGUUCUGAGAAAUGGAUAUAAUUUUUUUUUUUUUUGUUGUUGUUGAAGAAACCAUUGAGGUUUAUUGUUAUCAGUAUAUACAAUAUACACAUAUUUGUUUUGAUUGUGAUCAAUGAUCAUUUUACACUUAAAUGUGAAAUAUUUAUAUUUUCUCUUACAGAAUGCAUUAUUUUAUAAACUCCG